CCGUGGGAUGCUGCCGUGGGACUUGCGUGGCGGCGGCGGCCAGGCUGCGGGACCCUUCGCGGGUCCCUUUUUUGCGGCCAUGAAGAGGCAGAAUGUGCGGACCCUGUCCCUCAUCGCCUGCACCUUCACCUACCUGCUGGUGGGCGCCGCGGUGUUCGACGCCCUGGAGUCGGACCACGAGAUGCGCGAGGAGGAGAAACUCAAAGCCGAGGAGAUCCGGAUCAGAGGCAAGUACAACAUCAGCACCGAAGACUACCGCCAGCUCGAGCUGGUCAUCCUGCAGUCCGAGCCUCACCGUGCUGGUGUCCAGUGGAAAUUCGCCGGCUCCUUCUACUUCGCGAUCACCGUUAUCACCACCAUAGGCUACGGACACGCGGCACCCGGAACCGACGCUGGCAAGGCUUUCUGCAUGUUCUACGCUGUGCUGGGCAUCCCUCUGACGCUGGUCAUGUUCCAGAGCCUGGGCGAGCGCAUGAAUACCUUCGUGCGCUACCUGCUGAAGCGCAUCAAGAAGUGCUGUGGCAUGCGCAACACCGAGGUGUCCAUGGAGAACAUGGUCACCGUGGGCUUCUUCUCGUGCAUGGGCACGCUGUGCAUCGGGGCCGCCGCUUUCUCCCAGUGCGAGGAGUGGAGCUUUUUCCACGCCUAUUACUACUGCUUCAUCACGCUGACCACCAUCGGCUUUGGGGACUACGUGGCCCUGCAAACCAAGGGCGCGCUGCAGAGGAAGCCCUUCUACGUGGCCUUCAGCUUCAUGUACAUCCUGGUGGGGCUGACGGUCAUCGGCGCCUUCCUGAACCUCGUGGUCCUUCGCUUCCUGACCAUGAACAGCGAUGAGGAACAUCGAGAUGGAAUGGAUCGGAACGCGCUCCCCGGCAUCCCCGGCAUCCCCGGCAUCCCCGGCAUCGCCCGCAACAUGGUGGUCCAGGUGUCCGACGAUGCUCAGCCCAGCGGCUCCGGAUGCAAGCGUGGAGGUCAGCACCAGGCCAACUGCCCCUGCUCCUGCGGGGCUCCUCGCGGCGCCAACAACAGGCUGGCCCUGCCUUCCCUGCGCUCCAUCUCGUUCAAGAUUGAGGAGAUCUCGCCAAGCACCCUGAAGAACAGCCUCCUGCCAUCUCCCUUCGGCUCCGUCUCUCCUGGCAUGCCUGGCUUGAGCGACAACCUCGGCCUGACCCGUCGCCGGAAGUCCGUCUAAGUGUGGGGAGGGAAGGCGAACGACGAGUCAUUUGUCAUGUGGAUGUAAGUUCCAUUGGUCCCACUCGUCCUUUCCUCCUUAUUUAUUUAUUCUUAUCCUCUUUUGUUAUUAUGGCCAUCACCAUCCCUUUCUCUCCUCCCUUCUUUCCUGAUUUCAUUUCUUUCCCACCUUUCCAGCCAGGUAGAGCAGUCCAAAGGGAAAUAGAGACCUGUCCUCUCUGAAACUCACACCUGAGCAUGAAGCAUGGACCCCUCCCUUCCUCCCCAGCAGAGUAUGCCUUACAUUUCUCCCCACCCCGCCCCUCCUCUCUGGGGGUGGCUUUCCGAGGACAGGUGUGAGACCAAGAGCACCGAGACACAACGGAGAGGAUGUCCAACCUGAAGUUGCUCACCAAGCUGGGAGCCCCUGACUGCCCACCUGUAGUGAUGUCUCGGAUCUAACUCCUCUCUUCCUCCCCAAGGACUGGGUGGCUGUGUGUGCGCGUGUGUGUGAUGCAGAUGUGAGAGCUUCUGGGUGCAAUGUGUCCGACGACAAGAUGGAAAGUUCCAGGUACUCCUUUCCCUUUCCACUCACACAGUUAACAGCCUGCUUUGGGCUGCUUCCAAGCCAAACAGAAAACCCCACCCUGUGAGGUUUCUGAUUUGCCAUUUGCCAAAUCCAGCAUGUCCCAUAAGCACAUUUUAUCCAGAUACAUCUUGACCAUAGUUUCUAAAUUGUAUGAACUUCUUUCCUGGGGGUAGGUGGUAAGACCACAUGUAUCAUGUUAGCUUGCCAGUUUAAAACUAUAUUAAUAUUGAUAUAUUAAGCAUGCACUUUGUGAAACUGGUAGGCAUCACUGACACAAGGAAACAGGAAAUAGAAAGGAGUUAUCAAAUGCCACAAGAAUUAAUUUAUUCAAGACACUGUUAAUUUUAUCAUCUCCAGUUCCAACACUUUUCCUGUGCAGUUGGAAUUGUCAAGGGGAACAGGAGACUUGUUGGGAUUACAGAGUAUCUAUUUUAUUAUUUCCCUCUUAUGAAUGGUGACCGUGACGAGGAUGCUUGUGCAGGCAGCUUCUACUUGCACGGAUAAGAACCAGAGUUUUGGAAUGCUUGGAUGAGAAUGGGUACCAGUAUGUGGAUGUGAUUUCUUUUCCUAAGAAAGUGACAGGGCAUUCCUUGUUAAAAAAUAUAUACAUAGAGAGAGAUAUAUACAUAUAUUUCCAGAAAUAUGGUCUCUAGUAGCAUUUGAUAUGUAAAUAGGGGAAAGUUCACGUUGGUCUCAGGAAGAGUUUAGAGGCUGUAUCUUGGCCUACUGGGAACUUGUCAAACUCAGGGGAUGCUUUUGUCUAGGUAGUGGAGAAAUUCCUUCCCACUCUUCAUAAGGGAUGACCCCAAAGGGAAGACUUUUUGACCCUUAGGGGACAGUCUAGGAUAGAGAAUAAGGCACAUCAUAGACCCUUACAAUGGCAGGGUCAAGGACAGUUUGGCUUCCACAUUCACUGAGGGACUCUAAUUUCUUUCAUCACCAUCCCUGCCAUCUCUAAAAAUCACCCAUUCACUCAUCCUCCCACUCCUUCCUCGUACACUGGAAGUUCCUGGCUUUUGGAUGGAAAUGGGCUUUGGCUACACUACGCACAAGAAGCGCUUCCUGGUCUACAGGAUUUCUUAAAGGACACAGCAUCCAAAUGCCACCAGUCCCAAGCAUGUGUGCCAUUGGGCUGAACCCAGGAGCACCCAGGACUCCUCUGGAAAGGCUGUGCAUGCACUUUAAUACUACACCCCGUGUUGAAAUGCCCCCUUCGUCUAGGACACGGGACCGUCAGAAUGAGUCUGUGAACCUUAGACUCUCUUGGCCAAAGUUGACAGUUUUCAACCUUCAUGGUCUUUCUCAGUUCACUUGUUUGAGAUUUUGUUGUAUGGAAUGCCCUACACAGGGCUCUCAAGUCUGUCCACAGAAUAGAAGCAAUUGUUCUUCUUGAAUGUUUUUGUACUCUGCAAAGAGGUCAUUGGCUCUUACAGGUGACAGGUUUGACAAUCCUGAUGCCAAUUUGCAGAGCACUUUAUGCCUCGGAGGAGGCUGCCUGGAAUAUCUGUAGGCGUCUCCCUGAAAACCCUUGUAAGAUUUGCCCUCAAAUGGGGGGUGUAUGUGUGAUCACAUCUGCUCUGUACAUGGCGCCGAGGCACUGAGAGGACCAGGGGUCUGCUUGCUGUCACAGAGCCAGUCCUCAACAGAACUGAGACCACAGUCUCACCCAAUCAAAAGGGCUUGAAAUGAGGACACUCCUCCCAUCCCCCAAGAUGCCCUGGCUCAGACCUCCAGUGAAAGACCGUACUCCGUGUCUCCAUAGGGCCGGCCAGGGUUUAGGCCCAGGAGUCAGUCAGAGGGACUUGGGCUCAGUCUCCCCUCAGAGCUGGCUUCCCACUAAUGUAUCUGUGCAAAGUGGUCAUGCAGUGACCAUUGAGAUCGAAGGCUUCAAUGAUAGGGGUGGUCCUUUCUUCCCAGAGAAAUAUAGACAACACUUUCUAUAUUCUCACAGAGUUGACUCCCCUUUUGACAGGAUUAAGGGCUGUAGGGUAAAGUCUUUUUCCUCUCCAUGUGAUGGCCACCAACUGAAGCAUCUGAGGCAACCUGCACUUAGUCUAGGUUCCAUAGCCCUCCUGUUUCUUGUGCUGCUGUCUGCCGAGUCAGCCUUGGAAGAAAGACUACUGAGUUGUCUCUUUCAAUUCAACCUCAGAGCACCGAGGGAGGGAAGGUGGGAGGGAGAGGGAAGGAAUCUUGGCUUGCUUCCCUGUGCGUAGAUCUUCUUCUCCCAUGGCCCAUCUGUCCCCUAGCAUGGGGCCUGGCCAAGGUGUUCUCUGGGCAUAGCCAUUGUUGUGUUCUGGGGGUGAUGAUGAGGAAAGUCAAGGUUUCCAGAGUGCUUUCUUUGGACAAGAUGGAAUAGUCCGUGUCCAUGGAGAGUCCAUCACACAGCCCACAGUAGAGGUAGAGUAUCACCAGGCUGGGGAAGUAUUACUGAGCCCCCUGACUUUCAGAGGAGGAGACUGAGGUUCUGGGGAGGCAAUGCCUGUCAGAGAACAUGUGGCCAAGAUAUAGGUCUUCACACUUAUGACUCUUUCUGCUGGUGUCCUGGCUGCUGGUGGUGUUGUUGUUUCUAUAGCCUUCCAAAGAUCCCCUGUUGCUGGAAUUGUAUCGUGUCUGUGGCUCCAGCCUCUUUUUCCCUUGUGUACUUGGCAAUUUAUUUCUGCCAGGCAAUUGUCGUACCCCUUCUCUAGUUAACUGUGCCCGUUCAGCACUGAGGGCAAGGACCUCGUGCCGGGUUGUUUGCAUAUGUGAUUGAACUUCUUCAAGAAGGCGCUCGUGCAGAGCUAGGUUCUACCAGGAAGCUGGGGCUUGGCUUGCCAUCCAGUUCCUGAAAGUCAACCUGCCUUGUAUAUACUUGAGAUCUCUGAUUCACUUGAACUUUUCUCCACUAAGUGAUCUCCAUCUUUAUUCCAUCAAGGACAGGAGGAAGUAGGCAGUGGUACUGAGUAGCCCAGGGCCCUGGGCUCACUGAUUUCUAGAAGGCAUAUCCUGGUUGUGAUCCUCAAUGGUCCCCAUCCCUGGUGGAAGGUGCUGUCUCAGUUAUCAGCCUGUUAGACCUUUUGACAUCGAGGUGAACCUCUGUCUGUGUUUUGAGAUUCCUGGCUUGCCCCAGAACUGGAAUCAGCUCCGUUCUUUCUGCUUUCAGCACUCUGUCUUGAAAUAAGGCAGAAAUUUCCAAACCCAGAAAGCUACCCAUUGCAAAUUCAAUUGCUCUCUCUGAAGGACAUUCCCGUUGUGCACUGUUGAUUGAGAGGAGCACCUGCACCCAGCACGGCCAUCGCAGACUGGUGUUCCUGCUUGAUUUUGUGCUAAGAAACCCAUAGAUAAGCAGGGGCAGCCUGUUUUUGUCUGCUUUGUCCAGAUCUGAAAGCCUUAGAGGUCCAGAUUCCCAGGGCCAACCUCUGGAAGCUGAAGAGAAGAUCAGGGUGACUCAGAGAAUUCCAUUUGUGCACAUUGGGAGAGAGAGAGAGAAGAGGGAGAAAGCCGUUCUCCAUCAUGGAGACUUGCAGCCUUAUUUCUGCAUUUUCUUUUCAAAUCGAUGAGCCUAAGUAAGAUACCGAUUAAGGGCAGUAGUGAGAAACCUGAGGUGUGUGGGACUGUGUCCAUUCAACCAGCUCAAUGUUCACUGGAGUCUGUGAAUCGUGGCUUAGUUCUGAAAGUGGUUUGACUGGGGAGUCACACUUGAAAAUGCGUUUUCUCCAGAGUGCUUUUUGGACCUGGGAAGCAUCCUGGGUGAAGAAAACGUGGCAGGGCAGGGACCGGUUCCUUUUCUUGCUGCGCUGGGCUCUUAGAAGUCACUUCACUCUUUGAGCCUCUGUAGCGUUCUUUUUGCUGCAAAGAGCCAGCCACAGCAGGGGUUGGUGGUAAUAGCACAAGAUGAGCUUAACCCAUAAAAACUUUUGGCUUGGAUGUUCUGGUCACACCUGAAGGUUGAGCCACCAAAAAGAUAGCCAAUACUUUAUUUGUCAGGAGAUUUGGAGCUGGGAUGAAGAGACGCAGAUAAUGGCAGAGAGCAAUGGUCAUUACAUGGACUAAGGCCUGGUGCAUUAUGGGUUCCCCAAAGUGCUGGGCACAGACUUACUUUACAUGGUUCUGUCUUGACCACACCUUGGUAGAUCGAGGCUUGAAAAAAGCGAAAGUCUAUGGUCACAUUUGUCUUUGCCAAGUUUGUUUGGAACAUCCCAGGGUGACAGAGAAGUUGAGAGAGCAGCACCAUGAGCCUCCCUAUACCUCUCCCCAGACCCCCAGCCAACCUCAGUCCCCUCCCAACAACACUCUCAGAGUAGCUGGAUGAUACGAUGUCAUGAUGUCUACAGCUUUUAGGAGGUUCAGCCAAAGAUAACAUUGUAUAUCUCUCAUGAACAAGUGCAUUCUCCUACAUGGUAGUACCAUUACCACACCUAAGAAAUUUAGUAUUAUAUAAUAUUAUCUAAUAUAACCUGUAUGCAAGAUCCCCCAAAUGUCCCAAAAAUGUCCUGCCAAGCUUGUUUGUGAAUCUAAGAUGCCAUUCAAGGUCACACCCCACACCUGCUUGUCUUGUUGUUCAAACCCUCCCCCCAAUUGAGGGCAUCUCCCUCACUGUGUUUGUCUCUCUUGAUAUGUUGAUAUUUUUGAAAACUCUAGGCCCUUAGUCUGUGAAUGCCCAUGAUCUGCUUCUGUCUGCUUGUCCCCUCAGAGUGAGGACCGCUGGCAAGCAAACAGUGUAGUUGUCUAUGAUUUCUGCAUUUGGUGUUUGUCUCUCUGGGGACCUCUGUGGUUACUGCUUUUGUGUGAAUAAAUAAGUCAUAUUAAA